GUUAGUAGAUUGAAAAGUAUUCAAGAGAGAUACCCAAGCCCAAUCCACUUCAUCAAAUUAUUGAACAAUUCCAGUUUGCUGAGAUAAAGAGUGUCUCCAGAAACCUACAUCAGGAUCAGUUUGGCUCAGUCAAAGACUGGGAACGAAGAAAGCCCAGUCCUUGACAUGGACAACACACUGGGAUUCACUCUGACCCCGAUCAGUUCCAACCAAACCAACAGCAGCUGUUCCCGUGACAAUUUGCUGAAGACGGUGGUGUUUCCUGUUCUCUACUCUCUGCUAUUCCUGUCAGGCCUGUCAAUCAAUGGCCUGGCAGUCUGGGUGUUCUUCCGCAUCCCCAGUCGCUCCCACUUCAUCAUUUACCUCAAGAACAUUGUGGUGGCUGACGUUUUUAUGACACUCACCUUUCCAUUUAAGGUGCUGUCUGACUCGAACAUGGGAUCCUUGGGUCUGCGUAUCUUUGUCUGCCGCGUUUCCUCUGUGAUCUUCUACUUCACCAUGUACAUCAGCAUCCUCUUCUUUGGCUUAAUCAGCAUUGACCGCUGCAGGAAGACCCUCCAGCCCUUCAAAAGGACCAAUGCCAGCCGUCUUGCCCACAGGAAGCUGCUUUCUUGGGCCAUUUGGGGCUCUCUGUUGGCCCUUUCCCUGCCAAACAUGAUCCUGACGAGCCACAGGCCCAUCUCGCCCUACUUCAAGUGCAGCGAUUUGAAAACGGCGACUGGGCUUCUGUGGCAUGAGGUGGUCAACCACGUGUGCCAGUUCAUCUUCUGGGGUAACCUGGUGACAGUGAUAGUGUGUUAUUCCCUCAUCACCAAAGAGCUGUAUAGUUCCUAUGCCCGCAGCAAGGCUUCCUCUGCUGGGGGUGUCAAAUGCAGAGAUGGUAAACGUGAGGGUAACAGCAAGGAUCAGCCCCGGAGAAAGAACGCAAAUGUCUUCCUGGUGCUGGCAGUGUUCUUUGUGUGCUUUGUGCCUUUCCACUUUGCCCGUGUGCCAUACACCAUAAGCCAGACAAGGGGUCGAAUAUUUGACUGCAACCUCAAGCUGUUCCUCUUCCAGUUGAAGGAGAGUACCCUUUGGCUGUCCUCCCUGAACUCCCUCCUAGACCCCCUCAUCUACUUCUUCCUCUGUAAGUCCUUCAGGACCACCCUGUUCAAAAUUCUGCGUCUUCCACCUGGGACCUGUAGCUGGCUUACUGGGAUGGGGUCAGAGACCAACAGUACCACUAUGGAGGACUCCACUACCUGAAUCUAGGAAACUAAAUACAUGUCUGGAGGAUAUUCUAUUAAGUGUGAACUAAAGUGAUUAGAUCUCGGUCUAGACAAUUGGGACUGUCGAUGUAUACUGCUAAUGAAAGUUGGUACUAUACGAAGUGAUUGUAGCUAAAGAUUAAUGUUCUUGAACAGUCAGUAAUAGUUGAAUAUCAUAACUUCCUUUAAUCCUUCUCUUAAGUUCAUGCCAAGGAAAGGACCUCAGGUCACACUGUGUCUGUCUUAAAGGGAUAUUUGGGGUUUUAGCAUGAUAGCCCCCAUUUCCCAAUUACUUUUAGGUCAGGUUUCACAGACACAGAUUAAGCCUACUCUAGGACUAAAAUAAUUGUCUGGUUAGAAAACUCCAUUGAACUAGAUUUUUUAGUCCUAGAUUAGGCUUAAUCCUGAUCUGUAAAACUGGCCCUUAGUAUUGAAGCAUCAUCCAGACAGUUGUUUUUGUCAGUGUCUGUGAUGGAUUUGGCUGUCUAGUUGCGUGCACAAGCCAUGUAACACAUACAACUUAUAAAAUCCCUAUUUCCACUAUUAUGAUCAUCAAUGUGUAUCCAUCAACUUGUUUUCUUUCAAGUCUGUGUACUGCUAGUCUUAUGUAGCUACACCCCCAACAUUCUACAGUGCCUUGUUCUCAAGGCUAACACAGUGCUGAUGUCACUUUCUAAUGCUACAUCUUUUAAUCCAUAUUUAAGUGUAUUUAGCCAUGCAACCGGUGUAGACAAACAGGAGAUAACAUGCCUAGCCAUUUUGUUGGUGAGCGGAACAACACUGGCAAUGUACUACGGCUGAUGUAGAUCACUAAUCAGUUUUCAUUUAAAUACAUAAGUCAUCUAUGCAGAAAAAACUAUACCUGUUUUUUCAAAGGUUUCCCAAAAAUGUUUCAGCCCUAAGCGUAUGAUGUGGGGAUGGUUUCCAAAAUGUUUUGGGGUGAAUCUGACCACUGCAGUAUAUUGCUUGAGUGUGCAAUUACACAGCCCAAAAAAAUCUCCAGAACUGAACUUUGACCAAAACAACUGUCUGGUGGAUGUUUCAACACUAAAAGGGGAAACAAACUAAAUAUCACUAUGACAGCCUUUUUCCUUAUGCUGUCUUCUGCUGCGAUUCAUUUUGUGUUAAUUCUUUUUUAGGGUUUAGAAACUAAAAAAAAGAAAUUGUAUACUUAUCAUGAAAUUAUAUUUAAACAUGGCAAAGCACUAACAUUAAUUAUUUACAGGACAACAACAGCAGUUUUGUUUGCCUUUUUAUGCUGCAUAAAAAUGUGAUUUGUAAAAUAUUUUGUAACAGAUGCACCUUUUCUUUUUGAAAUGAAUUCAUUAGUCACUUCACACGUGAUGACGAUCAGAAAUCAAGUGAUAGCAGAAUUUGAAUAAAAUGAAUGUUGAAUCUUU